AUGCUCCUGUCACGAGGUGGCGGUUCAUGUUACAACUGUGGAGAGGCUGGGCACUUCUCACGUGAAUGUACGCAACAACGUGACGGUGGACGUGGAGGAGGUGGAUACAGAUCUCGCGGCCAGGAGUGCUAUCAGUGUGGAGGACAAGGUCAUUUCGCUCGCGAGUGUCCUUCAGGAGGUGGCGGCUUCCGUGGUGGUCAAAAAUGCUACAACUGUGGAAAACCUGGACAUAUCUCACGAGAUUGUAACGAGAGUGGCUCAGCAGAUUCGAAACGCUGCUACAAAUGCCAAGGAUCCGGUCACAUUUCUCGCGAUUGUCCCCAACAGUAG